AUGUCGCACCAGCCGGUCAUGAUGGCUUAUGAUGCCGCAUCCUUCGCCCCUGAUGGGCGCCGCCUCUGGUACUCGAGCGACUUCGAUACCAUCGACCGCCUCGACACAAGCGGUCCCAACGGAAUGCCCAUGUUCCACCACGGCGGGCCAUACGACGCCGUCCUCCCCAGCCGCAACUGGGACCCGAAAACCUCGCCAAUGGCGGCGCUCUCCGGCUCGCUCGCCGAGGCCCUGCGAGCCACUCCCCAGGAGUACAUCGCGGACUGCCUCCAGCAGGGCGUCCCCCUCCAGGGCACCGCCACGAUCCCAUCCGGCCAGCUGGACUAUGAGGGCAACCGGAUGGACUACGAGGAGGGCUCCAACCUCGUGCGAGACUCGGACUCCAUCGCCGUCUCGUACCAGCAGUACAGGCAGUGGGACUGCGGCUCCGUCAAACAACGUCGGCGCGAUGUUCAAGGCAAAGAGCCGGUCCACCACUACCCUGCCGAGCGUGAGCGUGAUGUGAAGGGCAAGGGGCGGGCGCAGGAGGGCUUUGAGGAGAUUGAGAUGCAGUCGAUGCUGCCGGGUCGCAGAGGCGCUCAGAAGCCGCUCAGAGCUCAUCGCAACGCCCGCGAUUCGCGACAGACGAGCUCCUCUUCUGGCGGCGGCCGCGCCUACAUGUAUGACGACGGCCCUUGGAAUUCUCAGCGCCGAAAGGCGAAUUCGCGGCGAGCUGAAUGA